AUGAUGCGGGAAGUGAGAAAAAUCUGAAAAUCGAGAGGUUCCGUGUACCUCUGUUCCUUGGUGGCGGUGUCUAUAUAACCACCCUUUUACCCUUUUUCUCCAUUUUUUUUUUCUUUCUGUUCUGUUCUAUUCUGUGAGCCUUAGCUAUUGCUCUGGCUAUGGCUAUGGCUAUGGCUGCUUCAACUUCAACCUCUCUCUCCGUCGUUGGAAGUGGCCUCGCCUUCCCGCACCAUCAUCUUCACCUUCCCGCAACAUCCUCUACUCGUUUUCGCACUCGAUUCCGGAACAACACUUUGUUCCUAUCGUCUCUCCCAAGUGAAAGAAGGAGGCUCAAGGCUCUUUCUGGUGGAUCGGGAUUGCGACGACGGAACAAGCCUCGCGGCCACGCUUUUGUUGUUGGUGAAUCCUCGUUCUUGCUGCCGCAACAAACUUGUGCAUCUUGCUGUCUUGCGAGGAAACGCCGUUCCAAUCUUGGAACAUUUGUGCCUGGAGCUUUUCUUGACAAGUCUUGUUUCCGCCUAUCUAACAGUAAACUACAUCGUUCUUCUGUUCAGAUUCCGCGUGCAACUGUAGGUCCAGAUGAGCCACAUGCAGCAAGUAGAACCUGGCCAGAUGGUAUUGUCGAGAAACAAGAUUCAAGUGUACAUGAUAAUGAAAAUGAACUAGAGCAGAUAGAGGGGUUUCUAAGCUCUGAACUUCCGUCUCACCCGAAGUUGCACCGUGGUCAACUGAAGAAUGGGUUACGUUAUCUGAUCUUGCCAAAUAAAGUUCCACCAAAAAGGUUCGAAGCACAUUUGGAAGUUCAUGCAGGAUCAAUAGAUGAGGAGGAGGAUGAGCAAGGAAUUGCGCAUAUGAUUGAACACGUUGCUUUCCUAGGAAGUAAAAAACGUGAGAAACUUUUGGGAACAGGAGCGCGUUCAAAUGCGUAUACUGAUUUCCACCAUACAGUAUUUCACAUCCAUUCUCCUACGAGCACCAAGGAUUCUGAUGGGGAUCUACUUCCAUUUGUUCUGGAUGCCUUGAAUGAGAUAGCUUUCCACCCAAAGUUUCUUGCUUCUCGGAUUGAAAAGGAACGACGUGCCAUACUAUCAGAGCUUCAAAUGAUGAAUACAAUAGAGUAUCGAGUUGAUUGUCAGUUGUUACAGCAUCUUCAUUCUGAAAAUAAGUUGAGCAAAAGGUUUCCCAUUGGAUUAGAAGAACAGAUAAAAAAAUGGGAUGCAGAUAAAAUAAGGAAGUUUCAUGAGCGUUGGUAUUUCCCUGCAAAUGCUACCUUGUACAUUGUGGGGGAUAUUGAUAACAUAUCAAAGACUGUUUACCAGAUUGAAGCAGUUUUUGGGCAAACUGGUGUGGACAAUGAGAAAGGUUCUGUAGCCACUCCAAGUGCAUUUGGUGCAAUGGCCAGUUUUCUCGUUCCAAAGCUUUCUGUUGGUUUGGGUGGAAAUUCUAUUGAAAGAUCAGCAAUGGAUCAAUCCAAAAUAUUCAAUAAGGAAAGGCAAGCUGUCCGUCCUCCUGUGAAGCAUAAUUGGUCACUUCCCGGGAGUGGAGCUGACUUGAAGCCACCACAAAUAUUUCAGCAUGAGUUACUUCAAAAUUUUUCAAUUAAUAUGUUCUGCAAGAUACCAGUGAAUAAGGUUCAAACAUAUAGAGAUUUGCGCCAGGUCUUGAUGAAAAGAAUAUUCUUGUCUGCUCUUCAUUUUAGAAUUAAUACGAGAUAUAAGAGUUCGAAUCCACCAUUCACUUCAGUUGAAUUGGAUCACAGUGAUUCUGGAAGAGAAGGAUGCACUGUAACCACUCUAACCAUAACCGCAGAACCAAAGAAUUGGCAUAAUGCAAUUAGAGUUGCUGUUCAAGAGGUUCGGAGACUUAAAGAGUUCGGGGUUACCCAGGGUGAAUUAACUCGUUAUUUAGAUGCCCUUCUGAAAGAUAGCGAACACCUAGCAGCCAUGAUUGACAAUGUAUCUUCUGUUGAUAACUUGGAUUUUAUCAUGGAAAGUGAUGCUCUUGGACAUAAAGUUAUGGACCAGAGACAAGGGCAUGAAAGUUUACUUGCUGUUGCUGGAACAGUUACCCUCGAGGAGGUCAAUUCAGUUGGUGCCAAGGUGUUAGAAUUUAUAGCUGAUUUUGCAAAGCCUACUGCACCGCUUCCUGCUGCAAUUGUUGCUUGUGUUCCAAAAAACGUUCACAUUGAGGGAGCUGGUGAAACAGAAUUCAAGAUAUCAUCCACUGAGAUUACGGAUGCUAUCAAAGCUGGACUGGAUGAACCUAUUCAGCCAGAGCCUGAGCUUGAGGUGCCAAAAGAGCUUAUACAAUCAUCUAACCUAGAAGAACUGAAAAAGCUGCGCAAGCCGACUUUUGUUCCUGUAAAUCCUGAAACAGAUGCUACAAAGCUUCUUGAUGAGGAAACUGGGAUCACCCAGCGCCGUCUUUCAAAUGGAAUUCCUGUUAAUUAUAAGAUAUCAAAAACUGAAACACAAAGUGGUGUGAUGAGGUUGAUUGUUGGUGGCGGACGAGCAGCUGAGAGUUCCGAUGCAAGAGGAUCUGUAAUUGUUGGUGUGAGGACACUUAGUGAGGGAGGUUGUGUUGGUAACUUCUCAAGGGAACAGGUGGAACUUUUCUGUGUAAAUCACCUGAUAAAUUGCUCCUUGGAAUCUACGGAGGAAUUCAUUUCAAUGGAGUUUCGUUUUACUUUAAGAGACAAUGGGAUGCGUGCAGCCUUUCAAUUGCUUCACAUGGUGCUUGAGCAUAGUGUCUGGGUUGAUGAUGCUUUUGAUAGAGCAAGGCAAUUGUAUCUGUCAUAUUACCGAUCCAUCCCCAAGAGCUUGGAACGCUCAACUGCCCACAAACUCAUGGUAGCAAUGUUGGAUGGAGAUGAGAGGUUUAUUGAGCCAACACCAAAAUCACUGGAGAAUUUAACCCUGCAAUCUGUUAAGGAUGCAGUGAUGAAUCAAUUUGUUGGCAACAACAUGGAGGUAUGCAUUGUAGGAGACUUAACGGAGGAGGACAUUGAAUCUUGCAUUCUUGAUUACCUGGGCACGGCUCAGGCCACAAGAAACCAUGAAAGAGAGCAAGAAUUCAACCCACCCGUAUUUAGAUUAUCUCCAUCAGAGUUGCAGUUUCAAGAAGUAUUUUUAAAGGACACAGAUGAGAGGGCGUGUGCUUAUAUAGCUGGACCAGCGCCAAACCGUUGGGGUUAUACCGUCAAUGGAAAGUACUUGUUAGAGUCAGAGUCCAUUAAUAAUGCUUCAACAACCAAUGGUGAUCAGUCAAAUUCUGAUGCCCAACCGAUACAAGGUUUGCAAAAGAGCCUACGUGGUCAUCCUCUUUUCUUUGGUAUAACUAUGGGACUGCUUUCUGAGAUUAUAAAUUCUAGGCUCUUCACCACUGUCAGAGAUUCUCUGGGGUUGACGUAUGAUGUGUCAUUUGAAUUAAACUUGUUUGACAGGCUUAAAUUAGGAUGGUAUGUGAUCUCUGUCACAUCAACUCCAAGCAAGGUCCACAAAGCUGUUGAUGCAUGCAAGAAUGUUCUUAGAGGUUUACAUAGCAACAAAAUUACCGAGAGGGAAUUGGACAGGGCUAAACGAACCCUUCUUAUGAGACAUGAAGCUGAAAUCAAGUCAAAUGCCUACUGGUUAGGGUUAUUAGCUCAUUUACAAGCUUCUUCUGUUCCAAAGAAGGACAUAUCAUGUAUCAAGGACCUAACAUUUCUAUAUGAAGUUGCUACUAUUGAGGAUAUAUAUCUUGCAUAUGAACAGUUGAAAGUGGAUGAGAAUUCUCUAUAUUCAUGCAUUGGAAUUGCUGGAGCUCAGGAUGCGCAAGAUGUAGCAGGUGUAGUAAUGUUCUUAAUGUCUAACAUUGAAUCUUGCUUUGUUUUUUUUUUUCAAACUUAAGUCCGGAUUUCAUCUCUCAUCUUUUCCAAAUUUGAGCAGU